CUGAUUGCUUUUGAACACGAGGUUCGUGUUUCUCUUUCCCGUUCUGUUGCAAGACCAAUUUCUCAAGUCGCAACCAUGGCCAAGCCAAGAUGCUAUUUCGAUAUCACCGCCGGUGGCAAAAGCCUCGGUCGCAUCGUGAUGGAGAUUCGCGCCGACGUUGUGCCCAAGACCGCUGAAAACUUCCGUGCUCUUUGCACUGGCGAGAAGGGCUUCGGCUACAAGGGCUCUCCCUUCCACCGUGUCAUCCCAGGAUUCAUGUGCCAGGGUGGUGACUUCACCCGCAGGAAUGGAACUGGCGGAAAGUCAAUCUAUGGUGAGAAGUUCGCUGACGAGAACUUCACCCUGAAGCAUACUGGCCCCGGAAUUCUCAGCAUGGCCAAUGCUGGACCCGGCACCAACGGCUCCCAGUUCUUCCUGUGCACCGAGAAGACCACUUGGUUGGACGGCAAACACGUCGUUUUCGGCUCCGUUGUUGAAGGCAUGGAUGUUGUAAAGAAGGUUGAGAGCUAUGGCAGCCAGUCAGGCAAGACCAGCGCUGAGAUCCUCGUCGCCGACUGCGGACAGCUGUAAGUUGACAAUCAUCUUUUCAGGUGUUUUUUUUUGAUUUCGUAGUCAUUCUUACAAUCUUGACGAUUCUCGAUCUGCUUGGUGUACUUCUGUACCCGUUGCUUUAUCUUUUCCAGCUGAUCUCACUCAACUCCUUUCCAUCUUUGGUUUACUGCUUUGCUACAUAACGUUUCAGAACCUGAUCAUCCGCUUUCGUACCAUCUCAACUCAAUAGUCAAUACGUUCA